AUGAAAGGCCGCCAUCACCUCUUCUCGUCCACUCUUAUCACUGCAUUAAUAAUUUCCGGUUGUGUACAGUACACAACCGGUCAAUUACAAACUUGUUCACAGGUAUUUGCAUCAGCUACUGAAGAAAAUGGCAAGAUGUUAUUAUGUGAAUUGUAUGAAAGUUCAUCAUUAUUGGCACAGCUUGGCACUUUUGUUUCCAAGGAUGUUGAGAAACUUUUAGCUAAUGAAGGUGUGACAAUAGACGACGUGCAGGAUAUUGAAAAAAGGAAACACGAAUAUCUGCGAUUCGGUAAAAGAAAACACGAAUAUUUGCGUUUUGGGAAGAGGAAGCAUGAAUACUUAAGAUUUGGUCGUAAGUAG